AUGAAGCAGCAUAUGAACUUUGGCAAGUCCCUCCGGGAAACGUACAUUGACAAAAUGAAAUUUCUCAGUCCAAGAUAUUCAUCUAAAGAGAUCUAUGUUCGUUCGACGGACAGGAAUCGAACGAUAAUAUCAGCUAUGUCGAAUAUUCUCGGCAUGUAUGGUCAAAAGAACAAGAGUGCCAUCGCAGAUCAGGACUAUCCAAGUGAUGAUGGAUGGCCGGAAGGAUUUGUUCCGGUAGCCGUUCACACGGUUGACGACGACACCGACUACGUUCUCAAUCCUGGAGCUCAUUGUGAUCGCCAGAAAAAACUGUGGAAAAUGGCGAAGAAUUCAUCAGAAAUGAAAGCAUUCGUUGCUGGUCUGCUUGCCAAGCUAACUGAACUCUGCGGCCAAGAAGUCCAUAUGGAAAAUUUGUGGAUUAUACGAGACACUUUACUUGUUGAACAAAUACAUGCGAAUGAAACUUUGAGAGCAGUAAACAAGUGGUUCAGUGAUGAUCUAUUCAAUCAGAUGACUGUUAUUAACCAUCAAAUUGAAGCUUAUCAAAAUGGCAUCUUUAACGGCACUUUGAUAAUGAACAACCUUGAUAUCGGAAACGAAAUCCAGAAGAUCCGAGCGGGAUCUAUGAUCAACGACAUCAAUAUGCAUAUGAAUAUUAAACUGCAGUGCAUGAAUAAAACUAGCCGUGGAUGCAAAUGGAUAAAUGGACUCAAGUACUACGUCUACUCAGCGCAUGACACUACACUGGUAGCAUUCUUCUCCGCAAUGGGUAUCCAAAACAAAGUGAUCAGCUCAUCCGGAUAUCCAGAAUACUCAGCAGCAGUGUUAAUCGAGUUAUGGAGGAAUCGCAGCGAUGGCCAGCCAUACUUCAUGAUGAAAUAUCAUCAAAACGAAGUCAACUUCACACUUUAUAAUAUCACUCACUUAAUUGACCCUUGCAAAGGACGACAAUACUGCAGCCUGGAUAUCUUUGGAGCGUUCGCAAAUCGGACAAAACCGGAUCUACCGAUGAGUGAGUGGUGCAAAGUCGAUCCUGGCCUUCCAGUCUCGUGUUCGACGGCGUGGACGCUUACAGUGCUGACCAUUUUCUUCUGUCUUCUGUUCUGCAUGUGGAUUACCAGCUAA